AUGACGCUAGCAAAAAGUCAAAUUGUGUUGCCGAAGGUUUACUUUCUAUUCAACUGUCUAAACUUUGGGGCUUCACUAAACCGACAUCUAUCAUCUGAUGCCCGUACAAUUCUCGGAGGACUCAUGUCUAGUGGAUCCGAAACUAUCAUCUCUAGCGCCGUUGCUGUUAUCGCUUUUCUAGCCCCCGAGGGCCAGGCAGUACAGGAUAAGACAUUCGAAGACAUCCUUAGCUCUUACAGCACCAUGGAAGAGUCAUUCGAUCAAUCCGUGAGCGAGGAGAAGUCAUCCUCUGUUGCUGGUGUUGUGCGAUAA